GGGAGGGGCAGGCACGUGACGCGGCGACGGGAAAGCAGGGAGAUUGCAUCCAACAUGGCGGCGCUGGGCCUGGCCUCCUUCCCUUGAAGGAACCCACUUGUCGUCUUUUCGAUAAAGAGCAGCGGGAGGUGCGCCGUCAGCGUGUCUCUGAGGGUCCUCGUGAUGGCUCAGUGCGUGCAGAGCGUUCAGGAGUUCAUCCAGGACACCUUUGUGCCUAUGGUGGCUGUGCUGUGCAGUGAGGCCGCCGAGAGCUCGACACGGAAAAACAACCUGAGCUUCGCCGAGCUGGUCAGGCCUUUCUGCCGCCUCACCUCCGAAGUUCAUAUGCGAGAUCCUAACAACCAGAGCCAUGUUAUUAAAAACCUGAGGAUCAACGUUACUGGAAUUGUUACCCAGCCGCCACAACAGACUGCUAUUCGGAAACUGUUGAGUGAAGUGGUUUCUGCCAGUCAACCUGCAGAAGGAUUGGUUGCUAAUGUGAUUACAGCGGGAGAUUAUGAUCUCAACAUCAGUGGUAAGCCCUCAGUUUCAUUACUGAUUCCAGAAAUGUUGGAGAUCCAUGGUUCAUUCACCUGGCUUGGGCAGACUCAGUACAAAAUUCAGCUGAAGGGGCAGGAGGUUUACACAGUUCCACUGAAGGCUUGUUUUGUUCACGCUGGUGUUUAUAAUCUUGGGACACCCAGAGUCUUUGCCAGGCUUGCUGACCAGAAUGUGCAGUGCGAAACCAGCCAACAGAACUCAACACCAGCCUUGAUAAUUAUCAACAAUGUGUGA